AUUUGGUUUCUUCGUCCUUCCGGAUCUUUGCCCGUCAGCCAAAGGUUUCCGGUGCGUCGUCAGUGAUUUUCCGGUGAGUUCCCAGCACGCAGACAUGCCUCUUGCAAAGGAUCUGUUGCUCCCGAGCUCUGAUGUGGAAAAGAGGAGACACAAGAAAAAACGCCUCGUUCAGAGUCCUAAUUCCUAUUUUAUGGAUGUCAAAUGUCCAGGUUGCUACAAGAUCACGACAGUGUUCAGCCACGCUCAGACUGUAGUGCUGUGUGUCGGCUGUUCCACAGUCCUGUGCCAGCCUACAGGAGGGAAAGCUCGCCUCACAGAAGGAUGCUCAUUCAGGAGGAAACAGCACUAGUUUUACCAGAUGUGGUUGGACACAGUUGAGGAGGAGACUGAACAGCGCUUGAUGGACAUCAUGUAACACUGCAUUGGACCUGAUGCGGCAUUUAGGGAAAUAAAGAGCGGGAAAACCAAUCAUGAUAUUUAAGUGAUCUCUCUACAGAAUAUGCACAGAGAAAUGCUUGGUGUGGUUUAGAACACGACCAACACAUCUCCAUUCAUUCCUUUCUUAAUAAACUAUAGGUUGUUUUUUUGGUAAAAUAAUCAUGCAUGAUUGUCAUCCAGUUUAUUUUUACCUUGUGAAGGUUCUUAGAUGUCAUUUGUCAGCGAGGGACUCCUUAAAAAAUGUGCUGGUAAAGAUCAGGGCAUUUAAGGACUCUAGUUUCCUUCAGGUGUACAGAUGUGGGCCCUUGACAGUUUGUGGCGAGUGAUUUGCAUUUGUUUGCAUUACACCUUCAAUGAUUAAGCACAAACAAUUAAAGGGAGGUGAGGGUGCACAUGAGCCUUGCAGACAUUGUUUACUAGUUGCUCUGCACUUUAGAUUUAUGCCAGUUUCCUCUUGAAAACAAGACCGGUUCUAGGAAAGGGGAGAGAGUGUGGGCGGAAAUGGCAAAUUACAUCCAAGAAACUGUCCUUAACUACAGUUAAAGCUGCGCUCAAUGUAAUUGAAUGUUAUUGUAUGCGUUGGGGGUAAUUUGAAGAUGGAAAAUGUCCGAUGUACGUUCAGACACUCUGAAUUAGGGUUAAUUCAGGGAAAGUCAUCACUAACUCUGCUUCGGUUUCCUGGUGUAUGUAAAUCACAAAACGCUGAUGUGAAACUAAAUGUGAAUGAUUAUGGUUGUGACUUCACAUGUGCUUGUAAACUUCCUGUGCAAAUGGUAAAUGUUGGAUGAAUUCCUGUGAAGUUGCAGAAAAACGAUCCCACUGACUGAGUUUACACAUAGCUGUACUCUAGGCAUUGGGCUCUGGGUGACUGCAUUGAGUUGUACAUUGAAUGAAGAAAUAAAUUAAGCGGAGUGAGUAAUAACUUUUUGUUGGUAUGGUAACAUUUGUCUUACGUCUUGAUCUUGCUUGUAUAUUGGAUACAGCUUAAUAAAAUCAUGAUAAAUAA